UUCCGCCGCCGUUCGGCCCCGCCGCGUCUGAUUCCCGCGGCUCCAGUGGCGCCGUAGUUGGACUCCGGGCGCCCGCUUUCCGGCGGCAGCGGCGGCGGUGAUGGCCUCCUGAGCGGGCCCGGAGCAGGGAGCGGCGGGCGCCCGGGUCGAGGGCGGUGGGCAGGCGGAGGCCGGGUCGCGGCCCUUUGUCUCCGCGGGCGGAAGUUCGACGCGCUGCCGGCGCCCGGCUCCGGUGGGCGGCGGCACCAUGAGCGACAUCCGCCACUCUCUCCUGCGCCGCGACGCACUGAGCGCCGCCAAGGAGGUACUCUACCACCUGGACAUUUACUUCAGCAGUCAGCUGCAGAGUGCGCCGCUGCCCAUCGUGGACAAGGGCCCCGUGGAGCUGCUGGAGGAGUUCGUGUUCCAGGUGCCCAAGGAGCGCGGCGCGCAGCCCAAGAGACUGAAUUCACUGCAGGAGCUUCAACUUCUUGAAAUCAUGUGCAAUUAUUUCCAGGAGCAAACCAAGGACUCCGUCCGGCAGAUUAUUUUCUCCUCCCUUUUCAGUCCCCAGGGGAACAAAGCUGAUGACGGCCGGAUGAGCUUGUUGGGAAAACUAGUCUCCAUGGCAGUGGCAGUGUGCCGAAUCCCCGUGUUGGAGUGUGCAGCCUCCUGGCUCCAGCGGACGCCUGUGGUCUACUGUGUGAGGUUAGCCAGGGCCCUCGUGGACGACUACUGCUGCCUGGUGCCAGGAUCUGUGCAGACGCUGAAGCAGACCUUCAGUGCCAGCCCUCGCUUCUGCUGCCAGUUUGUGACGUCCGUCACCGCGCUUUAUGACCUGUCCUCAGAUGACCUCAUCCCACCUCUGGACUUGCUCGAGAUGAUUGUCAACUGGAUUUUUGAGGACCCAAGGUUGAUUCUCAUCACUUUUUUAAAUACGCCGAUUGCAGCCAACCUACCAAUUGGAUUUUUAGAGCUCACCCCACUCACUGGACUGAUCCGCUGGUGUGUGAAGGCACCUCUGGCUUAUAAGAGGAAAAAGAAGCCCCCACUUGCCAAUGGCCACCUCAGUAACAAAGUGACAAAGGACUCGGGCGUAGGCCUGGACAGGGAUUCGCACCUCUUAUACUCCAAGCUGCAUCUCAGCAUCCUGCAGGUCCUGAUGAUGCUGCAGGGCCACUUGACCGAGAAGAACCUGUAUGGGCGCCUGGGCCUCAUCCUCUUCGACCACGUGGUCCCACUGGUUGAGGAGAUCAACAGGCUGGCGGACGAGCUGAACCCCCUCAAUGCCUCCCAGGAGAUUGAGCUUGCACUGGACCGACUUGCACAGGCUCUGCAGGUGGCCAUGGCCUCCGGGGCCCUGCUGUGCACGCGAGAUGACCUGAGAACCCUGUGCUCCAGGCUGCCCCAUAAUAAGGCGACCCUGGCGGCCCUGCGGCGCACACCCUGCGCAGUGCCCAGAAAGGCCCUGGCUGGCCCAGCGCCUCCCCGGCUCUUUCCGGAUGGAGGCCCCUCAGUCAGGAGCUGGCUGAGUGCCUUGGCCUUCACCUUCCAGCCGUUGCAGACCACACCUUCCCGGAGCAGAGGCUGCUGCGAGGAACAGGACAUGCUGUACCAGCUGGCUCCCUGGGACCCGGGUCUGACCGCCAGGAUGGAGCUAGGGCCGGCGACCGACGCCUUUGUGCUGGAGCUGCGGUGCCUCCAGGAUGGGGGCCCAGGGCCUGACACCCUCUCAGGUGGCAGUGGUGGGAGCGAGAGCCAGGAGGAAGAAGAGGUUCAAGAGGGGAGCAGCAGCCCACCACAACCAACAGUCUCAGCCCUGAUGGGGGCCAGUGAAGUCACGGAGGAAGCCCAGCCAGGACAGCAGGAGUUGCAACUGCAGCAGUUAGAGCAGCAGCCAGAGCUGCAUCAACGGCCACAGCAAGAGCAGCUGCAACAGCAGCAACCCCAAAACCAACUAGUAGGACAUCAGCCGGGAUUGCAACAGCAGCAUCAACAGCAAGAUGAACAACAGCAGCUGCCUCAACAACAGCAGGAGCUGCAGGGAAAACAUCAAUCCAUGCAACAGCAGGAACUAUUGCAGGAGCAGCAAGUGCAAGAGCAGCAGCUACCACAACAACAGCAAGUACAGUUACAGCAGCAGCAGCAGCAAGUGCAAGAACAGCAGCUGCCGCAACAGCAGCAGGUACACUUACAGCAGCAGCAGGAAGUGCAAGAACAGCAGCUACUGCAACAACAGCAGGUACACUUACAGCAGCAGUUACUGCUACAACAACAACCAGAGCAGCAGCUGCAACAGCAGAAACUAUUACAGCUGUUGCAACAACAGCAGGAACAGUUACAGUCACAGCAAGAGCAGCAGCUGCUGCAACAACAGCAGGUACGGUUACAGCAGCAGCUGUUACAACAGCAGCAGCAGCAGUUGCAACAGCAGAAACUGCUGCAACAGCAGCAAGAGCAACAACUGUUGCAGCAACAGCAGGAACAGUUACAGCCACAGCUGCUACAACAGCAGCAGCAGUUGCAACAACAGAAACUGUUACAGCAGCAGGAACCGUUACAGCAGCAACAGUUACAACAACAGCAGCAGGAACAACUACAGCAACAGCUGCAGCAGCAGCAACUAUUGCAGCACCAGCAACUGUUGCAGCAGCAGCAGGAACAGUUACAGCAACAGCUGUUGCAACAGCAGCAGGAACAGUUACAGCAACAGCAGCAGCUGCAGCCCCGUCCACUGGAACCAGAGGAGGAGGAAGAGGUGGAGCUGGAGCUCAUGCCAGUGGACCUGGGGUCGGAGCAGGAGCUGGAGCAGCAGCGGCAGCAAGAGCUGGAGCGGCAGCAGGAGCAGCGGCAGCUGCAGCUCAAACUGCAGGAGCAGCUGCAGCAACUGGAACAACAGCUGGAGCAGCAGCAGCAGCAACUGGAGCAGCAGGAGGUGCAGCUGGAGCUGACCCCGGUAGACCUGGGUACGCAGCAGCAGGAGGUACAGCUGGAGCUGACGCCAGUGCAGCCGGAGUUGCAGCUGGAGCUGGUGCCUGCCGCAGGGGGUGGCGGGGCGGCAGGGCCGGGGGCUCCGGCCGCAGUUGUUGUGGCACCCCCAGGCUACGUGGUACUGCAGGAGCUCAUGGUGCUGCCCGCUGUGGCCACGCCGGCCGUGGUGGCUAUCCCAGGCCCCGCAGGCAGCGCGGCCCUGACGCCGGCCAGGCAGCGGCGGCGGCGGCGCGCACGGGACCGGCCCACCAUCUGCGGUGAGUGUGGCAAGGGCUUCAGCCGCAGCACGGACCUGGUGCGGCACCAGGCCACGCACACCGGGGAGCGGCCGCACCGCUGCGGCGAGUGCGGCAAGGGCUUCUCGCAGCACUCGAACCUCGUGACGCACCAGCGCAUCCAUACGGGCGAGAAGCCCUACGCCUGCUCCUACUGCUCCAAGCGCUUCAGCGAGAGCUCCGCACUCGUUCAGCACCAGCGCACGCACACGGGCGAGCGGCCCUACGCCUGCAGCGACUGCGGAAAGCGCUUCAGUGUCUCAUCCAACCUGCUGCGUCAUCGGCGCACACACUCGGGCGAGCGGCCCUAUGUCUGUGAAGACUGCGGCGAGCGGUUCCGCCACAAGGUGCAGAUCCGCCGCCACGAGCGCCAGCUGCAUGGUGCUGGCCGCUCACGGGGCCUGGGCCUGCUCCGUAGCUCGCGGCCCACGGCCACGCCUGCGCCACCGCACCCAGAGCAGGCCACAGUGAUAGCCGCGCCCUCGGACAAGGCGCCGUGAGGCUGGGUACGCCGAUGGUGCCUGGGGAGCCCGGGGAGCCAAGCUUCCCGGGCAUGAGAGGUCAAGGUUCGGAUAGGGGUGCCAGAGUGGGAGCCAGGGUUGGGAUGGAGGUGGUCCCUGAGCUUAGAGUCUGCGGGGGCCUGCCCUCUUCCCCCCCUGCCGCUGCUCAGGAAGCACUGCGCAUAGUAGGACGUUUCGACCCCAUUUUGUGGUCUCUCGAGAAACCCUGGAAUAUUGUUAGGAAACGGCUUCCAUGUUUCUCCCAGGUUAACUGAGAAGUACCACAGAGUCAUAAAUUAACACAAGCCCUAGAAACACCCAGCAAGGGAAAAGUGAUUGUGGCUAAAACAGCACACGGUGAAAAUGUGUUGUUGAGUAUCAAGAUCGGCCAAAUGUUUCCCUGGGAAAAUUGGAACUUGCUAUAUUUGAGAGCCACAAAAGAAAACUCCCAGUGACAGAAGGAACAAGUAGUGACAUUUGACAUGGAGUGAACAUUGAACAUUAACCAGUGAAUCAAGUAUAGGUGGUAAAGCUUAUGUGAAAAGGAUUUGAUCCUGAUGAAAAUCGUUUUAAGGAAAAAAAAAAAAAAGAAGGAAACAACGUUAUCUGCACUACAUGGAAAACUGAUCAAGGCAUUGAAUUGUCCUCAGUGGCGUUUGCCUUGGAAAUACUUUAUGGAAUGAAAAUGUAUCAGGGUGGAUGUCAUUCUGAUUAAAAUGCUUGUGUUCAUAACACGGGGGCAAAGCACCCACUGGGUUAAGGUGGAGGUGCCAGGAAGUCCUGCCCUGGGGCAGAGUAAAACCUUCCCUCCAGGAUAGCCCAGGGGUUCUAGCACGCUUGGAGGCAGAGGUGAGGCGCUGGACUCCAGGCCUCUUGGUUGCCAUGUUUCAAUGCCCACAGCAUCUCCUUCAUGUCUUACUGAGUAAAAGCCUAUGGCUGAAGCAGAGAGCGUUUUGGGAGUGCUCUCCAAGGUCUGAAGUGGGGUCCCCUCAGAAAGAGCUCUGGGGGAGCCCCUGCCUUGCCCUCCCUGCAGCCCACCAGCUCUAAGCUUCUCAGACGCUGCCAGGGGCUGAGGCUAUGGAGUUUGGUCUCGGGGCAGGGUGGGGGUAGGAGGAGAAUGUUGGGGACGAGGACUGGGGCCAACAGAUAGGAUCUUUACAGUGGUUAUAAAAUCAUCUGGGGCAGCAGAAGAGCAGCAGCAGUUGCUGAUGCCUUAUGGGAAGGCGGGAUGGUGCCCGCCACCCCUGCCCCCAAGCACUUCCUCUUCUACCUGGCUUCCCACCUGCGGCUGCUUUGGUCCUGCUCCUCUCGUUCUGCCUGUCUCUCUGUUGCUAACACAGUCUGUUACAUUUUACAAAUGUGUUGGUAAGUGAGAAACAAAAAAUGAAAAAUAAAAACAAGUGACUGCGUU